AUGACAAGGCCUAAAGCACAAUAUUCACCUUCAAAAGGUAAAAGAAAAGAAAAUAAACAUACAAAACGGAUGCGUAAAUCAUCCUUCACAAGAACGCAAAAAAUGCUUGAAGUAUUCAACGAUAAUCGCUCCCAUUUCAACAAGUAUGAGAGCCUCGCUAUCGAUGUUGAUGACGAUGGCACUUUUGGAAACUUUGUCCUGAUGGAAAAUGAUAAGGGUGAUGUUGACAUACCUGUAAUAGAGGAAAACACAUCAAGCGAUGAUGAAAAAAGAAUAGAAUCUCGCAAAAGAGGACAUUCUCUCGAAGAUAAUCAUGAUUUCAUCGCUUUUUCUGACAGUUCUGAAGAAGAAAAAGAACAAAUAAAGGAAGAUGAGGAUGAAAGGAGCAGUUUUCUGUUGGCGGAUCAAUAUAAAACUUCCACGUUUAGUUCACAACAUCCUCAAAAUACUGACAGCGCUUGCAAUACGGAGUAUCCUUGGAUAAGAAACCACUGUCAUUCGAGACAAAGAAGAAUAGCAGAUUGGCUAACUUCAGAAAUCAAGGACUUCGUUCAUUAUAUCUCCCCAAGCAAGAGCGAAAUCAAGUGCAGGAAUCGAACUAUUGAUAAGCUGCGCCAGGCAGUUAAGGAGCUAUGGUCGGAUGCAGAUUUACACGUGUUUGGCUCUUUUGCUACCGAUUUAUAUUUGCCAGGUUCUGACAUCGAUUGUGUCAUAAACAGUAGAAAUCGUGAUAAAGAGGACAGAAAUUACAUUUACGAAUUGGCAAGAUAUUUGAAAAACAAAGGACUAGCUAUAAGAAUGGAGGUUAUUGUGAAAACGCGAGUGCCUAUCAUCAAGUUCAUAGAGCCUCAAUCGCAGUUACACAUUGAUGUUUCAUUUGAAAGAACAAAUGGGCUAGAGGCUGCAAAGCUCAUCAGGGAAUGGCUAAGAGAUUCCCCAGGAUUGCGUGAACUAGUACUUAUUAUAAAACAAUUUUUGCAUUCAAGACGAUUGAACAAUGUGCACACAGGUGGAUUGGGAGGCUUCACAGUCAUCUGUCUGGUUUAUUCCUUUCUGAAUAUGCAUCCACGAAUAAAAUCAAACGAUAUCGAUGCACCCGAUAACCUGGGUGUCCUGCUGAUUGACUUCUUCGAGCUUUAUGGAAAAAAUUUUGGUUACGAUGAUGUUGCUAUAAGCAUAUCUGAUGGAUACCCCUCUUAUAUUCCUAAAUCGUGUUGGAAAACUCUAGAACCUUCAAGAAAUAAAUUUUCGCUAGCUAUUCAAGAUCCCGGUGAUCCUAAUAAUAAUAUAAGUAGAGGCUCCUUUAAUAUGAAGGAUAUAAAAAAGGCCUUUGCUGGUGCCUUCGAGUUGUUGGUCAAUAAAUGCUGGGAAUUGGAUUCUGCUACAUUCAAAGACCGUGUUGGAAAAAGCAUAUUGGGAAACGUGAUCAAAUACCGUGGGCAAAAGAGAAAUUUCAAAGAUGAAAGAGAUUUAGUAGAGAAUAAAGCCAUCAUUGAAAACGAGCGCUACCAUAAGAGGCGUACAAGAAUAAUUCAAGAAGACUUAUUUAUAAACGACAUCGAUGAAUUGCCAGUAGAAGAAAUCUACAAACUUGACGAACCUCUAAAGAAGAAAAGAAAAGUAACGAAGGACAAGAGAGAAGGAAGGAUCAAAAAAAGCGCCAUUCCAUCUCCACCCCCGGAUAUAGCAGUGAGCAAACGCAAAAUACAAGGCAAAGUGAAGGAAGUUGAUCAUGGCUCUCCUCCACAUCAAAAGAAUCUCAGCAUAGAUGACUUAAUGGGUCUUUCUGAGAAUGAUCAAGAAUCAGAUCAAGAUCAAAAAGAAAAAGACACUCCACCGGGACAAGAUGAGGAACCACCACUGGAGACGAAGACGGUAGAUGCUCAAACAAGAAGAGAUUACUGGCUUUCUAAAGGCCAAGCUCUUUAG